GUUCAGCUGGGUGGGACCGGGAGCCGCGGGCGGGCGAUGAAUGGCCAGCGCCAGCCGCUCGCAGGAAUCACGGGCUGCGGUGCGUGUGCUGCUGCUGCUGCUGCCCCCGGCGGCUCCGAGCCGCGCCGCUGGAGCCCCGGCUCCCCGGGAAUGCUGGGAAUGUUGAGUCAGGGACUGGCAGCCCAGACAGCCGGGCUCGCAGCUCGCUGAGGGACGGCAAGACGAGGGACAGGGGCACACGAGCCUCCCCCGACUGCAGCAGGUUCCUUCUCUAACCCCCUCGCGGGUAUUGCGCGGCUCCGGCUCUCCCUGCUGCAUCCUUCCUCCGCGCAAGUGGGAUGCCGGCUAAACGUGAUGUUGUAAAAUCCAUGUGAGGACGGAAGGCAGAUGCAAUGAUUUGAAAGGUCUGUCUUUGGAGGAAAACCAGAUUUUUGUCUCCUGGAAGAAUGCAGUGAAACUGCCAGUAUUUCUAGCCGGAAUUAUAAAUUUAAUAUUCAACUUCAGUGUUACUAGUUUCUUACUAAAUAGUACCUCAAAGUAGAAGAAAAAUGUAUGGAAGUGCAAGAACAAUCGGCACCUUGGAAGGAAGUCCCUCCAGGUCCCCCCGCCUGCCCAGGUCCCCCCGCCUGGGUCACAGGCGGACCGGCAGCGGCGGAGGAGGGGCAGGCAAGACCUUAUCCAUGGAGAACAUCCAGUCCCUUAACGCAGCCUAUGCAACAUCCGGACCAAUGUACCUGAGUGACCACGAGGGGGUAGCUUCUACUACUUUCCCAAAGGGCACAAUGACUCUUGGAAGGGCUACAAAUCGAGCUGUGUAUGGUGGCCGAGUCACAGCCAUGGGGAGCAGCCCCAACAUUGCUUCUGCUGGACUGUCACAUACAGAUGUCCUUUCUUACACUGACCAGCACGGAGGGCUGACCACAUCCUCACACCACCACCACCACCAGGUUCCUUCCAUGCUGAGACAGGUUAGAGAUAGCACCAUGUUAGAUCUGCAGGCUCAGCUGAAGGAUCUACAGAGGGAGAACGACCUUCUCAGAAAAGAGCUAGACAUUAAGGACAGCAAGCUGGGGUCCUCUAUGAACAGCAUCAAAACUUUCUGGAGUCCUGAGCUAAAGAAAGAGAGAGUAUUGAGGAAAGAAGAAGCAGCCAGAAUGUCAGUUCUUAAAGAACAGAUGAGAGUUUCCCAUGAAGAAAAUCAGCAUCUGCAAAUGACAAUCCAGGCACUUCAAGAUGAGCUUAGAACCCAGAGAGACCUUAACCACCUUCUCCAGCAAGAAAGUGGGAACCGAGGGGCUGAGCAUUUUACCAUUGAGCUCACAGAGGAGAAUUUUCGAAGACUUCAGGCAGAACAUGAUAGACAAGCUAAAGAGCUCUUCCUGUUGAGAAAAACUCUAGAAGAAAUGGAGCUUAGGAUUGAAACACAAAAGCAAACACUAAAUGCCAGAGAUGAAUCAAUAAAAAAGCUUCUAGAGAUGCUGCAAAGUAAAGGUUUGCCUUCUAAAGGAAUGGAAGAUGACAAUGAGAGAACUCGAAGGAUGGCAGAGGCUGAAUCUCAGGUUAAUCAUUUAGAAGUGAUUUUAGAUCAGAAGGAGAAGGAAAACAUGCAUCUUAGAGAGGAAUUGCACAGAAGAACCCAACUUCAGCCUGAGCCAGCAAAGACGAAGGCUCUGCAAACGGUCAUCGAAAUGAAGGACACAAAAAUAGCUUCACUUGAGCGCAAUAUAAGAGAUCUUGAAGAUGAAAUACAGAUGUUAAAGACAAAUGGAGUUCUGAAUACAGAGGACCGAGAAGAAGAAAUCAAACAAAUAGAAGUUUACAAGAGUCACUCAAAGUUCAUGAAAAAUAAGAUUGAUCAACUGAAACAAGAACUCUCAAAGAAAGAAUCAGAACUUCUUGCCUUACAAACUAAGCUUGAAACCCUUAGCAAUCAGAAUUCAGAUUGCAAGCAACACAUUGAAGUGCUUAAAGAGUCUCUUACUGCCAAAGAACAGAGAGCUGCCAUACUUCAGACAGAGGUUGAUGCCUUGCGGUUACGAUUGGAAGAGAAAGAAACUUUCCUGAAUAAAAAGACAAAACAACUUCAAGACCUCACAGAAGAGAAAGGAACCCUUGCUGGAGAAAUUCGAGAUAUGAAAGACAUGUUGGAAGUAAAAGAAAGAAAAAUCAAUGUCCUUCAGAAAAAGAUUGAAAAUCUACAGGAGCAACUUAGGGACAAAGACAAACAACUAACUAAUCUAAAAGACAGAGUGAAGUCACUGCAGACAGAUUCCAGUAACACAGACACAGCACUGGCAACCUUAGAGGAAGCUCUAUCAGAAAAGGAAAGAAUAAUAGAGCGUCUGAAGGAGCAAAGGGAUCGAGAUGACAGAGAAAGACUUGAAGAAAUUGAAUCUUAUAAAAAAGAAAACAAGGACCUGAAGGAGAAAGUUAAUGCUUUACAGGCUGAACUAACAGAAAAAGAGUCUAGUUUAAUCGAUCUCAAAGAACAUGCAUCUUCAUUGGCAUCAGCAGGGCUGAAAAGAGACUCCAAACUUAAGUCUUUAGAAAUAGCCAUAGAACAAAAGAAAGAAGAGUGUAGUAAGUUGGAAGCACAGUUGAAAAAGCAAGCUGAGCAGUUGUUCAAUCAGAUGUACAAUCCAAUGCCAAUUAGGAAUAAUGGGAAGCAAGGGGCUCAUGAAGCUGAAGAGGAGGCACGGAUGAAUCCAGAAUUUGCAGACAGAAUGAAACAGCUUGACAAAGAGGCAUCAUACUAUAGAGAAGAAUGUGGCAAAGCUCAGGCUGAGGUUGACAGACUUCUAGAAAUACUCAAGGAAGUAGAGAAUGAGAAGAAUGACAAAGAUAAGAAAAUUGCUGAGUUAGAAAGACAUAUGAAGGACCAAAACAAGAAGGUUGCCAAUCUGAAGCACAAUCAGCAACUGGAGAAAAAGAAGAAUGCACAGCUGUUGGAAGAAGUUCGUAGGCGAGAGGACAAUAUGACUGACAACUCUCAGCAUUUACAAGUAGAAGAGCUGAUGAAUGCACUGGAAAAGACUAGACAAGAAUUAGAUUCUACCAAAGCCCGUCUUGCCUCAACACAGCAGUCUCUGGCUGAGAAGGAAGCACAUCUGGCUAACCUGAGAAUAGAGCGAAGGAAACAGCUUGAAGAAAUUCUAGAAAUGAAACAGGAAGCUUUGCUUGCUGCAAUUAGUGAAAAAGAUGCAAAUAUUGCCUUGCUUGAGCUGUCUGCUUCAAAGAAAAAGAAGACUCAAGAUGAAGUAAUGGCUCUGAAACGAGAGAAGGACAGAUUAGUACAUCAGUUAAAACAGCAGACACAAAACAGAAUGAAGCUGAUGGCAGAUAACUAUGAUGAUGACCACCACCACUACCACCACCAUCACCACCACCACCACCACCGCUCUCCUGGGAGGACACAGCACAACCACAGACCCUCUCCAGACCAGGAUGAUGAGGAGGGUAUCUGGGCGUAGCCUUCCUAUAAACCAAAGUUCCAGUUUUGUUUUGAGGGAUGAUCCAGUCACUGUUGGAGGCACAUAGCCACGGCAAAAUCUCAUGCUGUACAUUGAUCACCUGUCCAACCUUUGCCUAGAGUGUGAUCCCCAGUUCCUUCAAGAGAUCCAUCUUUACCUGUCUAUAAAGAAGAAGAGGAGGAGGGAGACAUCUGGGAUAUUCAAGUAUCAAAGUUUAACACCAGAGCAGUUGUCAGAGGAACUAGUGAAAAAGGAAGAAAAAUCUGUAGCACUGGAAGGUAACAAUGAUAAUCUAUUGCACUGGAUCUCCAAACAUGACCAUGAUAUCCUGGAGAAGAUCACAGAUGCAGAAAAUGAAUGCUAAGGUUGAUAUCUAAUGAAAUGCUGCAUUAAUUAGCAUUUUCUCCAUUAUUUCUUGUAGUCUAUUGUGAAAUUAGAUACUUUGGAAAAUAAUGAAGGAGACUCAAGCAGAAAUUGUAAGAACUUCAUUUCUGUCUCUAAUGGGUCUUGUGAGUUACUCUGUUUUUAUAAAGAAACCAUCUGUUCAGAAUAUAGUUGUUUCAUGAAAUUUAGUUAAACAGGUUAUUUAGCUAAUUUUGGUAAAUUAAUAUUGAUUUUAAUAGGUAAUUCAGAUUCCCUUAGAUGUGGUAUCUGCAUUUGCUGAUUUUACCUAGUCUAUUCUAAAGUAUCACUUCUAUUGCACUAGAUUAUCAAAGAGGUAUUAGUAAAAUGCUAUAUAAGGGUGUUGGCAUUAACUUUACCCCCAGUUAGAUACAGGCUUUUCCAAAAAAUAAAAACAAGCCUUUACCCUCCUCUGUUUUCUUUUGUCUACUGAUAAAAUAGUAUAAAUUAAAAACAAACCAAAACCAAAUAUUGAUACUAUAACCGGUAUUAAGCUCUGGGCCAGGUUGGAAAUGAAAUCAAUUUUUGGUACUAAUAACUGAUGACAAAGCUUAGUUUUAUGAAAAUAUGGUGUGUGUCUCUGACAAUGCAUAGGACAUCUAAUUUGAACAUAAAUAUAUGAUUAUAUACAAGAUGUAUCUAUUCCUGGAUGGUAAAAGCUUGAGGUGUAUAUAAAUAUGUAUGUGUGUAUAUAUGGAUAUGUACACAAGGAUAUAUCAACCUUUUACCAUCCAAAUGCAUACAUGUUUUCAACAAUAAAAGCUGGGACUCUUAAAGAAACAAACAAAAACAAAACAAAACAAACAAAAAAAGAUUGCUGUAUGUGCACUAGGUCUCCUGUAAAUGUGGAACUGUUUGUUAUUGUUCUUUACAUUGAAAAACAGUCUCCAACGUGGACCCCAAUGAAUCUUAGAUGUUAAAGAAAAUACCAAUGAACAAACAGCACUUGAAGGCUGUUUGUGUCAACAAAAUGUGUCUAGUAAAAUAAAUUUAAAGCACAUGCAAGGAAAAAUAAAAAUGUGAAGUCAUUACAUUCAGUGAGAGACUCUUAACUGACAGUCAGAUCUCUGCCACUUCUCAAGGAGAGGUUCCUUCUGACUCCACAAACAUUUCCAGUCAGUCUGGCAAACAUGUGCAAAUGUUUGGCUGUUUUGUUGAGGCAUCUUUUUGUCCAUGGAAGAAAUGCUUCCAUGCUGAUGGCAGUGGAGAUAGAAUAUCUGCAUUUUUAAAGGACAAACAAUAAAUUUAAGCAUGGGUGGCCUUAAUCCUUAGUAGUUUUUCUUUGCUGCUGUUAAAAAAAAAAAAAAAAAAAAAAAGAAAAAGAAAAAAAAAAAAGAAAUUUAAUGGAUACUCCUAAAGUCUUGCACUGAAUUUAGAAUUUUUUUUUUUCAAACCUGUGGUGCAAUUAACCCUAAACAUCCUACAUGAGCCAUACAUAGUAACCCCCUUAAAAUAAUUGUCUAGAGAUGAUAUUUUAUUUAUUUGUACCUUGAUUCUAGGUGCAAUCAAAGAGCAAUUUAUUCGAGCAGGAGUCCUGCUGGAUGUUACUCUCUUCAGUAAAUAGAAUAAAAUGUAUAGAAUUAGCAUAGCGUAGAUAAUCUCAAUUUCAUUCAUGUUUAAAAAGUUUGUCCUUUAACUAUCAAUGGCAUUUUAGAUCUUUGUUUUUGAAACAGCAAAGCUUUUGGGAGUAUAUUUAGCACAUAUGACAAAUGUUGCACUUGGAAACUCAGACAACAAAACUGGUUUCUCAUGACAAAUUUGUUGUCGCAGUAGGGGACAAUCGUCUGUGUCUCUUACAAUCAGGUCUUUACCUUAACUCUGCAACUGAAUACUUGAAGUAGGAUAUAAACUAGGGGGAAAUAGGGUCACAGAUACAAAGCUGUAUAGUUAGAUAUUUAUAUGUAUGUGCCAAUUUUGUCACAGAUAUUAUUUUAGGGGCAUUUUUGCUCCGCUCAUGUUGGUAUGAGUAUUGAUCUAAACUUUUAUCAGGGCCUAAAAGUUAGCCCCUAAAGAGGAAAAUUUUGUCUAACAUUGAGUUUUUCUUUCUUGCUUUGCUUUGUUGGUUUUUUUUUCCCUCCUUCUUUUCAUUUCAUGUGAUAUUCUAUGAUGUUUGGAGAAAAUCUUUUCAUAUCCUAAAAUAGAAUCUCGGGGUUUACAAUAAACACUGUGAUGUUGGGAAGUAUUUAUUUGAGCAAUGUUUGGUAGAUUUUUUUUUCCCCCCUCCCCUCUGAGUGUAAUGAAGAAAACCAACUUUUGCUUAACAUUUAAGAUAAUGGUUAUUAUUUUAAUGUGAGAUCAGUCUUGUACUGCACAGUCUUUCUUUCAUUUAAAUGUACAGUAUGAAUUUUGUAUUUAAUGAAUUUUGUGUAUCCAGUAUGCACGUACCUGCACAUUGACUUUCAUUUGAAAGUGGGUUUCAAUUUACUUUUUAAACAGUGUUUAUGAAAAGACCUCAGAUGUGUUGACACAAAUUAUAUCCUCAAUGUUUCUUUUGUGUGCAUAGGGUGACGUUUGAGUGUGAUGUUCUGCAGCAAUGGGUCAGUAUCCCCUAUUUACCUUAGAUCCUCAUUUGAUAGUGCUUCUUGUAAUAAUUUUUUUUCAAGUGAGUGGCAUGUUCUGGAUUGUGAUAUUGAUAUAUGGUUAAGGACAUUGAUAUGAAACUAAGGAAUUCCUAGAAAUUACCAGUGGGCAUGUAUUAGACAGUCAUUGUAAUUUAAUGUCUUGUAGAAGUGUAAAGUACCAAGGUAUUUAGAGUUCAUAACAUUGUUAUCAUGUGUAUGGGAAGUAUUUAGUGUUGAUCAGCUUGUUUAUUUUCAUCAAAUAAACUUUUUC